UUCUUGGAAGACAUGUCUAAGUGUAGCAAAAUUUCUAGGAAAACAAAUACUUUUGUUUACGAAUUGUGAAGACGUUUUUUAUAAGAGUAGCAAGGCAACCAGUCUGCCAGACAGAUGCAGAAAGCUCGCUCGUUCAGUUGAAGCUCGACUUGAAGCACAGCUUGUUCACUUGUUCACUGAAUUUUUCUGCGUCAACCAAAGAUGGCAGAUUUGGCUGAGGAGACUCUCAAAGCUGCAGCCAACAAUGCAAAAACAAAUGCGCCUACAUCCCAAGUUCAUGAUACACCAGAAGGACGUCUCGUUGCUGAUUGUUGCCUGAUCAUAAUGGCAUUGAUACCAAUUUACAUCGGAUCUUUUCGAUCUCAGAAGCGCAAGGACCAUCCUAACGCACUAACGAUAUUUGGCCACAGUAUUGAAAGAUACGGCAAAGAAGAUGCCUUUAGAGAACUUAUCGAAUUUAACGUCGUUCUUAUGGCCCUUUAUACUGCUUUCAAGGUUAGCAGAAACGAAUCCGUCCAUCCCUUGAUCCUGGUUUUCCUCUACAUUUUUGCUGGAUAUCGCAUUCUCCCAGAUGUAUGGAGGUAUUUAAAAAGUAUGUGGAAUAGUAUCCGUGGACAAAACGUGAAUGAAGUACCAAAUACAGCAGAGGAAUCUGGCGAGAAAAUUGAGAGCAUGAGUAAGAAAGAUGCUGCUAUGUUCCCUAUCAUAGCAAGUUGCACACUUUUUGGCCUCUACAUUUUCUUCAAGAUUUUUGGCAAAGAGUAUAUUAACCAUCUUCUGGCAUUGUACUUCUUUGUACUUGGGGUCAUGUGUUUAGCAAAUAUAUUGAGGCCAAUUUUGAAUCUUGUUACACCUGACUCGUUUCCGAGGUCAGAUUAUCACAUCAUGUUAACUGAAGGACAACCCCCAGAGCAAACAGAGUAUCUAAAUUUCAAGUUUGAUCGAGUUGAUCUGAUAUGCCUUGCCAUCUCCAGCAUCAUUGGUUUGUGGUAUCUUGUUAAGAAGCACUGGAUUGCCAACAAUGUCUUUGGUCUUGCAUUCUCUUUGAGUGGAGUGGAGCUUCUGCAUUUGAACAGCUUUCCAAUUGGAUGCAUUCUCCUUGGUGGUUUGUUUGUAUAUGACAUCUUCUGGGUGUUUGGAACAGAUGUUAUGGUUACAGUUGCCAAAUCAUUUGAUGGACCUAUCAAAUUGGUUUUUCCAAUGGAUUUCUUAGAGCAUGGAAUAUAUGGUAAAAAUUUUGCCAUGCUUGGCCUUGGAGAUAUUGUCAUUCCAGGGAUUUUCAUUGCUUUGUUGCUUAGAUAUGAUUGCAGUAAGCAAGAUGGAAACAGAAAGCCAUUUUUCUUCACAAGUUUCUUGGCUUAUUUCCUUGGUUUGGUGAUGACAGUUGUAGUCAUGCAUUUCUUCAAAGCUGCCCAGCCUGCAUUGCUUUAUCUUGUUCCAGCCUGUAUUGGCAGUGCAAUUAUUGUCGCAAUAUUCAAAGGAGAAGUUUCAGACCUUUUCAAAUAUGAGGAUCACCCUGAGGAAAUGAUCAAGAAAGAUGAUGAAAGUUGUUCAAAGAAAGCUGAAGUGGAAGAAGAUUCAACAGAUGAGGCAAAAAAGGAAAAGUAAACAUUUCCCGUUAACAUCCUGUUGUAUAGAUAGUAAAUUGAAUUUCACUGUUAGAUAUCGUUGGAUUCAAAUCUAAAGUAUUCAAUAUA